CAUCGACUCAACACGGGACCAGGAGGAUAAUCUUUUGAGUGAAGCUUUCUCCCUUGAGGUCAACUUUAUUUUAUUUGCUUGUUUGUUUAGUCAUUAGCUUAAAACAACGAUUCUACCGCUAGAUAAUUUGUGGUUUGCUGAAGUAAGGAUACAUAGACUGCUCAGGUUCAACAAUUAAAAAAAAACUUGUUCUAUACUACCCAGAUUGAAGGUACCAGUUGACAUUUGAUUGAGAAUGUAAUUAGAACUAAGUGAGUUUUACCUUGAAAGCACAGAGCAAUACCAAAAAGGCAUAAAAAGAUAUGAAAACAUAAUCUAGAUCUAAUCAUAGCUCAUUGAUUAAAGAGUUAUGAUAUUCAUAUGAAAUCAAGUAAAAAACUCCAAAAAUUGAAUUGAUAAAAAAGAAAAAUGUAUAAAAUUGAAAAAGAAAAAUGUUUUCAUUGAGACUACUAAACAUAUAAACACUAUUAAUGGAGCACAUAAAAUUCAACCAAGCUACAGUCAAAUUCAACCAAGCUACAGCCGGGCCCAAUGUGAUGAUUAUCUGAUCAUCCUUUUCAACGGGCAGUUGGUUAAGGUCAUUUUUCCACGACUAAUUCUUUCAUAAGAAAAUAGUGGAGUGAAAAAAAAUCAAUGAGAGGUGCUCUCUCCUCUCUCUUCCUAUUUUGUGCGUUCGUCGGUCGCCUCCUAGGUAUAAUCCUCACCGGAUUUCUAGAGGCAAGCUUAGCAAAUAAUGGAUGGGAGGCCAAGCUCAAGAACUCGAGGGCGAGAGACGAUGCCCAAAAACCGAGUGGAGGUGCGGCGAGGUUCGGCCGCGCCGUAAGAUGGGGUGUUCUGGAUCUACGAAGUUGCCGACACCCCAAGUCUAAGAACAACAUGAUGCUGACCGCUUUUUGGCUGGCCUCUUCGUUGAUGCGUAAACGGAAGCGGGUGGUAAUCCCAGGGAUAAUCCCAGGGAUCACGAGUGGAGAUCAGUUUUAGUUGAAACAAAAAAUUAAAACCACCAAGGAAACCCUUAACCCAACCAUGUUAAUGUGGACUCCUUUCCCCGGGAGGAGGCUCCACCGUCUCUUUAAAACGUCGCCCAGCCAACCUGUUCCCAGUACCUCACACUCAAACGGCAAAGAGUCGGGAGCUUGGGUAGAGAAUAGCGCCUCGGUGAAUAGUCUACAACGGGAAGGUUUUAUUCAGGGUAAGACCUAGCGAGUCCCUGGACUCUCGUCCCUGCUUCUCUUUAAUCGUUCUGCUUCGUUCCCUGUGUUCCAAGGAAAAGACUUAACGCAGCCACUGAUCUUGCCUGUCUCACAGGAAGAACGAAGAAUGUCGCACGUGUCCGACGACCAGGUGGUCCAAUUUUCACUGGAGGAAGUUCAUUCGACCAAGUACCGGAGCUCAAGUUCAGUGCUUGGUAGGCUGUUCUCGGCCAACCCGUUCACGACCCGGGACCUGCGUGAGGCCCUUGAUGCGCCAUGGCAAGGGAAGAGCAGGCUCCAAGUGAUGGGGGCACGGUUCGGACUCUUUGAAAUUGUGCUCCCCAAUGAAGCUUCUAAAAACUGGGUCCUCAAGCGCUCCCCUUGGGUGAUCAAUGAUUGCCUCCUUCAUGUUCGAGCGUGGAGCCCUACGAUCACCAAACAGGUGUUCGAUGAGCUGGCAGUGGCCCCGUUUCAUGUCCAACUAUGGGAUAUCAAGGAGGAUUGCUGCACACAACAGUUUGGCCGGAAAGUGGCUAACGAUACUAUCAGAGAGGUGCUAGAGACUGGAGUUUUUGCUUGUCAAGAAUCAGACCAGUGUUUUGUUAAGGUUUGCGCCUUAAUCAAUUUUUCCAAGCCGCUACGAUCGCAGGUCAUGGCGGCUAAUGAGGAAAUUGGGUGCUUUUGGGUGUCGCUUAAAUAUGAGCAGCUCCCAAGUUUCUGCUUUCGCUGUGGACGGGUCGGCCACUUUCAACGAGAGUGUGUCUUCGAUCCCCCUACUCGAAAGGAGAAAUUUGGCAUGCACAUGUCCACACGGAGGAAGGGGGUGAAGAUCUACGCGGCGGAUGAAGAGAACCCACCCACAGUUUGGGUCAAUAAAACUCUUCGGCAACCGAUUAUGGCAAGGGAAGAGCUGCCCCGCCGCCCUGCGUCUCGAGAGACGGCGAGCAAAGAGGGAGGGCAGGUGAAGAGUAUGUUGGAGGCAGCUGCAUUUGAGAUGCAGGUUAAUCGACCAGUUCGCGGCGGGCAUCGUGGAGGUGGCAGCUCUGGACAGGAGCAGCCGAGGGAAGUGAGAAAAGUUGUUGCGCCGAGAGAGGAGGUUGAUUCCCCAACCCGACAUCGUUCUAGCCCCUCGGGCUUCGCGAUCUCCAAGUUUGUGCGCAUGCCGCGGCUGAGCCGUGCAGCUGCCCCUGUGGCAAGGAGCUGGACGUCGCGCGCCUGGAGCAACCCCGUCGAUAGGCUAGGAAGCAGAAUGACAAGGCUGGGGGAAAACACGCGGCAUCGAGUCCAGUCGGCCGUAAACAGCAGGUGAUGGGGGCCGAUCAAUUUCUGGAUGAGGUGCCGCUAGCGGGGAAGAAAAAAAAUUCAGGCGA